AUGAUAAAUUCAAAUGGAACAAUAUCAACAUUAAACUACUUUUCAGCAAAUGAAACUUGUCAACUAUUUUAUACAAAUUUUACUUCGAUCUUAAUUGAAUUUAAUGUCAAUUCUUCUUUGAUAUUUAUGAAUCAAUCAGCAAUAUUCUUAGCACAAAAAUCGACUACGACAUCAACACCUACAACAUCAACAACAUCAUCACCAUCAACAACAUCAUCAAUAUCAAGUCAGUACUAUGUUAAAUGA